AUGAAGCGAGGGCGAGGGCGAGGGCGGCCGCCGAAGAACACGGUGCCUCCGCCAGUUAUUUCCCCACCAUUGUCAUCUACAAACCAACAAGUAGAAGUCCAAAACCAACACGAGAACGCUACACUAGCUGCAAUCUCCAAACAAUCUGAGACUGGUAAACCUAGUCAUGAAGAUGCUUCUGAGGAAGGUCAAAAACUUUGGGUAGAUGUGCUCAAGGACAAUAGGAAUCCGAUGAAGGGCAGAGCGAUGAAAUACAUAGCACCCCAAGUCGUGAACGGGAAUCUUGAAGUGGUAAUUGAAGACGAUGAUAUCAUCUCUGAGGUAAAAUUUUGGGAAUCCUCUCUGAUUCUAUACACAAUGGGAGUUGACCUAAGUAUGAAUGCGGUCAAGAACUUCAUGACUAAGACUUGGAAUUUUGUUCAAUUGCCGGAUAUGUAUUACAACGAUGAAGGUUAUUUUAUACUACGAUUCAAGUCAUUCAAGGACCGUGAUGAAGUUUUGCUGAGAGGACCAUAUAUGAUAAGGAAUAUUCCUCUGUUGAUUCGUGAAUGGAGGCCAGGUUUCAAGGUUAAAGAUGAACUGAUGGGAACCCUUCCUAUUUGGAUGAAAUUGCCUCAACUACCCAUCAUUUUGUGGGGAGAUACAAGUUUAAACAAGAUAGGAAGUGCUCUUGGAAAUCCCAUCAUGACAGAUGAGUGUACGACAAACAGACUCCGCGUAUCCUAUGCGCGAAUACUAGUGGAAAUGGAUAUCACAAAGGAACUCCCAAAAACAAUUACAAUUGGCGACAAUGAAGGCGAAAAGAUUCAACAACCUAUUGAAUAUGAGUGGAAACCCCAGUUCUGCAGUAAAUUUCAAAAGAUUGGACAUAGAUGUGACAAACCUAAUGUGACACAACAAUGGAAACCUAAACCUCAACCUGUAGGUAAACCUGUGAUGGCCAGCUCUGCUGAUAUGAUCAUUGGGAGUGCAGGACACAACAACAUUAUAGGCAACAAUGUUAAUUCCCCUACUGUUAGUGCACCUGAUAAAAAUGUUGUGAAUUCCCCUGCUGUGACUACAAAUGAAAACAGAAGUAGCUUAGCUGGGACUCCCCCGGAUAAAAAUCCAUCUCAAGGUAUUGAAGGUAAUAUAAUUGAACAGGUUGAAGCAGUCAUGGAAAAAUGGAUAGAAGUUAUAAGAAGUGGUAAGGAUAGAGGUAAACCAAAAGUUAAUCCCAAUUGCGGAACCACGAUUGUUUGUGAUAAUGGAUUUGAGGCUCUUGAGAUUUCGAAGGAUCUUCUAGAGUCUCAAAAUAUUGGAUAA